UGAGGAGCGUGAGUGGCGGCCCGGGUCAGUGCCUCCUCACCGUGGACUCGUGAGGGCCAAGUUGCCAGUCAAGUUGUGUUUGAGUGUGGCAACGUGUGAGUGCCAGGGUGCCACACCGUCUGGGGACACCAGCACCACACUCGUGGCCUCCACCACCGUCUGGUGAGGUCAGCCUGGGUGUCGUCGCGUGUCGCCUCUCCCGCCCUGUGGCCUCUACACCCGCCCCUGUGGCCUCUACACCCGCCCCUGUGGCCUCUACACCCGCCCCUGUGGCCUCUACACCCGCCCCUGUGGCCUCUACACCCGCCCCUGUGGCCUCUACACCCGCCCCUGUGGCCUCUACACCCGCCCCCGUGUUCCCCCUCCGUGUGUUAGUGUUGCUACAGCAUAGUUGUGGGCGUUACAGUGAUAGUGUAUAGUGAGGCGACAGUGUAUGGUGAGGCGACAGUGUAUGGUGUGGCGGCAGUGUAUGGUGAGGCGACAGUGUAUGGUGAGGCAGUAGUGUAUGGUGAGGCAGUAGUGAUGGUGCAGCGAGGGUAUGCGGCCAUGCCCGGGCAUAUGGUGCCCGUGAAGUGUGAGUACUCGCCCCCGCCCUACACCCUGCCCCUACAGGACGCCUCACACGCCCUCAACACCACCACACCGCCCACCUUCUCCUCCCUCAUGAGUGACAUGAGUCCUCGCAGCUCAUGUGGUGGCCACGAGUCCCACACCACGUCAGGCGAGGACGAGCCGCGAGGCCACAAGCGGCGCCGCGACGAGGACAGCGAGGAGGCGCGGCUGGCCAAGGCGCGCAAGAAGUGUCCCCAGAGCUACGAGGAGCUGCAGCAGGCGCGCGUGCUGGCCAACGUGCGCGAGCGUCAGCGCACGCAGAGCCUCAACGAGGCCUUCAGCUCCCUCAGGAAGAUCAUCCCCACGCUGCCCUCAGACAAGCUCUCCAAGAUCCAGACGCUGAAGCUGGCCAUCCGGUACAUAGACUUCCUGUACCAGGUGCUGGAUACAGACGCCCACGACCAGCGCCUCUCCUCCUCCUGCACCUACGUGGCGCACGAGCGCCUCAGCUACGCCUUCAACGUCUGGCGCAUGGAAGGCGCCUGGGGCGGACACCUAUAAUACAGAUGCUGACCACAGUGGAGGGAGCCAGUGGCGCCACCCCGGCCCACCACAGUGGAGGGAGCCAGUGGCGCCACCCCGGCCCACCACAGUGGAGUGAGCAAGCAGCGCCACUCCGACCCACCACAGUGGAGGGAACCAUUGGCGUCACCCCGGCUCACCACAGUGGAGGGAGCAAGUAUGGAGGGAGCACCCAAGUCACAGCUUCCGUCCACCGCCGGCAUAGGGUGCGAGGCAGGCGAGUCACUUCCCCUGUGGCAGCAGCAGCAGCAGCUACCCUCGUGCCACAGUGAACUGAACUGUGCCCAAACCUAUUAGAAAUACAAUAACAAUUGGUGUACAUAUUAAGUGGAGAGAGAAAAGGAAGGUUAAUGAGAGUUCGGUAGUGAGCCAAGAGAGGCGAGUAGUGAGUGUAUCGUGGGUGUGGAGCCGGUGUUGGGCUUGUCUCAACACCUCUCUGCUCACUCACACUCACAAACAAAAAGUUCCCAAAAGAGACUUAAGUGUCGAAUUAUGCGCUAAGCAGCAGUACUUAGGUUAAGUGAAGGUGCAAAAUAUUUCAUCGAGUCGUGAAGCGAAUUAAUUCCCCGAAUGUAGUGUGUCAGGUGUCAGGUGAGGCCAGGAUGCCACAGCGAGCCUGGUGAGGCCAGGAUGCCACAGCAAGCCUGGUGAGGCCAGGAUGCCACAGCGAGCCUGGUGAGGCCAGGAUGCCACAGCAAGCCUGGUGAGGCCGGCACUUCCGAGUGCCACAGAGUCAGUCACUGUUCACCAUCAGCCAAGACAGGCCGUGAGUGAGUGAGUCACUAUCAUGGUACGUGGGUACGCCGUCACCUGUCGUCACAGGUCCCGUCAAGACCCGUCAAAACCCGUCAAGACCUGGCAAGACCCGUCAAGACCCGUCAAGGUUUACCAGUAUACACGGAACUACCUUUAGGUUCCACAGGAUCUACAAAAGUCAUCAUAUCUUGGACUGUGUAAUGAAUCAAGUUGAAGCUACUCAACUAGGGACAGUUUUAAGUCUCCCAGGGACUGUCAGCACUCCCCAGGGACUGUCAACGGUCCCACAGGGACUCUCAGCGCUCCCCAGGGACUGUCAUCGCUCCCCCAGGGACUGUCCACACUGUUCCCGCCGCCAGCCUCAUGCACAAGAACCAAUUAUAUUCAACCGUGUAACUGGGCACAAAUAGAUUGACUGUAAUCUAGUACGCUAUUUCCAUAUUUAUUUUAUAUUAUUUUGCAAUUUCUGAAUAAAUAUUACUACAUUGUGAGGUAUACUGAGCCAGCGUCAUGAGGUGUGAGGGCCCGUGGCACCACCACAGGGGCCGUGGCACCACCACAGGGGCCGUGGCACCACCACAGGGGCCGUGGCACCACCACAGGGGCCGUGGCACCACCACAGGGGCCGUGGCACCACCACAGGGGCCGUGGCACCACCACAGGGGCCGUGGCACCACCACAGGGGCCGUGGCACCACCACAGGGGCCGUGGCACCACCUUAUAGAUGGUUGUUACCAAGUUGUUCUACUGUCUGGUGUUGCUGGGGGUGGCGCUAGGGGCCGAGCUCUUGACCCGACGUUAUAACCAAGGUUGUCGAGAAGUGUAUUGUGUUGGCGUAUAUGGUCUGAGGUGUGUGUCUCCCCCCCGUGUGCAGGUCCAGGUGUGUGGAGGGAGGCUCGUGGUCCAGUGUGCACUCAUACUCACAACUCAGGAGGCUCAGGAGAGGCGUGUGAGUGGUCCUCACACUGUGCCUCGAUAUUAUGAUAGCGUUCAGACUGUCCCUAUAGAUGAGACAUAAGGAUCUAUACUCAAGAGGAGAUAUAUAAACCUUCACGAUAGAGGGGACAUCAGAAACUUUACGCUAGAGGGGAAAUACAAAACUUUCACUCUUGAAGGGACAUAAAGACGUUCACUUUAAAGGAUCUUCACUCUAGAGGUGAUAUGAGAACCUUGGCUCUUGAGGUUGGUGCCUUCUUCUGGUAAUGACUAACUUCACUCUCAUGGGAGGAUGACCACCUUCACUGUAGAGGGCAAGGGAAGACACAAGAGUUAGAGGAUGGUCUCAGUGUUAUACAGCGUUAGGCUUAAUAUGUACUUCAUUAUUAUGUACUUAAUAAAGAGGAUUAUUUUUA